AUGCCCUUCCCAGUCCUCUCCAAAGAACCCAUCCCAGGCCUCUCCCUCUCAGCAGCAGGUCUCGUCGCCCUCGCGGACCUGCAGACCAUCGCCAACCGCACCGCACUGACGGGCACGUCGUCGUGGUUCGACGCCCUCGUCCUCGCGCCGGGGUUGCAUUAUCAGCAAGCGGCCGAUAGUAUUGCGGGAACCAGCGGUGCUGUCACGGCCCAGACGUCCUCUGCGUUCGGCUACGGAGGUGCCGCCGCGGGAGGCGGAGGAGGGGGAGGAAACGGCGGCGGCGGCAUCUUCGGCAUGCAGGCUCUACCUGGCGGACGAAAGAAGGAUGUUAAAGUGACGAAUCCGGGGAUGUUGCUCUUUCUUUCACGACUUGGGGUCCAGGAGGAGCGGGCGCGGGAGAAGGAGCUCAAGAGAGGGAAGCUAGCCGGCGGCGGCGGAGUCGAGGCUUACGGUAUCGGAGCCGGGACCGGAGCAGGAGGAGGAAGCGGAGAAAAGAUUAUCACACUCGACGUCGGCACCGUCUCCACCGGCCGGAAACGGAGCCGGAGCCGAAACCGACGCGGCCGGGCUUUUGAGCACGACUCUGAGUGGGAGUUUGAGCGGGGCAGUCACUUGCUGUACCUCGCGAGUCCGACGGUGGAGUAUCCUCCCGCAACGAAACUAACGACCAUCCAAGGGUGGGGUCUCGCAUCGAUCCUAGCACUCAUCACAUCCCGCCUCCUCAACAUCUACAUCAUCAAACAACGCACCCCUCCCCCUCCCGGGCCAGCCCCGGCGGCACCACCAACUCCGUUCUUCACUAGCGACGGCAACGGCGGCAUAGCCAUAUCGUCUUUACCACCAAAACUAACAGAAUACCUCAUCCCCCUAACCCCUUCCCUCAAAAUCCGCAUGCGCGGCCCCGCAGACGACCUCGCCGCCCUGACAACAGACGCCUGGCUCCUCGCGAAGACGGCCGCGCAGGGCUAUCUGGAAGCGACGGCCAAGCUGGCCGUGUACGUCGUCGCCAUCUUUAGCGGCAACGUCUCGCAGGCGGGGAAUCUGGUUCUGCUUGUGCUGUUGCUGGGGAUAACGGGUGUAUGA